AGAAGAUAGACCUUGAUCUUAAAGCACAAUGUCGGCAGUAUCAAGCCCCUCCAGAUCACUGGGCAUUGUUUUCGCCCACGGGGGCUUCCAUCUCCCCGCUUGUUUUGACCUCGCCAAAGCUCGGCUGGAGAAGGCAGGCUAUUCUCCAGUUGUUGCAGUCCGCCACCCCAGUGUGGGAACCGAUCCCAAAAUCACCGUCGACGACGAUGCCCGGAACAUCCAAGCCGAUCUUGCCCCUUACCUAGAGGAGGGGAAAGAGUUCCUUGCUUUGGCUCACUCAUACGGCGGAAGCCCCUUGACCAUCGCAGCGAAAGGUUACUCGGUCAAGGAAAGGGCAGCUUCGGGUCUCAAGGGCGGCAUCCGCGCCAUCGUCUUCGUAACAGCCAACAUGCCCCCUAAGGCCGGCGCCAGUGCACUGAGCGUGCUGCCCCCCGGCUUGGACAUUGUUGAUAUGGCUGAUGGACUGGUCAUGGCAAACGCCAAGGCCAAAGCCGCAUUCUACGGCCCCGAUAUGGACGACAAAUUGGCUGACGAGUGCAUGGCGGCACUGCUGCCGCAGUCGCAAGCGGCUCUCUUGGGUCCGGCAUCUGUCGGCUCCGAGGAAUUGACGGUUCCAGUCUACUACAUCCUUUGCGAGAAAGAUCAGACAAUAUCCUCAGCCACGCAAGAGCAAAUCAUCUCGACCAUUCCUACACUGAAGAGAGUUCUGAGAAAUCCUGGCGGACAUUCGGCCUUCAUCACUGAGGUGGACAAGUUUGUUGAGCAGAUCAAGGAGAUUGCUAAUGAGGUAGAGAAAAGUCUCUAG